AUGUCUUCCAUCGCCAGAGACGACAAGACGUCACCGUCCUUCAUUCCGCUCGCCGGCCUAGCUCAGGACGGCUGGUCCACAGAGGAUGAAGCAACAGCAACUUGCCUCUGCGGCGCCGUUCAACUUUCAUUCCCAACCCAAGGUCGCGGCCUUCUCAACCGCUUCAUCUGCCACUGCACAGACUGCCGCAAGAUCUCCUCUUCCAUGUUCUGCUCCAACUUCUCAGUUGCCGACAGCCACCUCCGCCACGUUCGCGGCAAGGACAACCUGAAAUCUUUCAUUCAGUCCCGCACCAUCGCAACAGGCAACGACAUGGCGAACCACUUUUGCGGCACCUGCGGCACGCUCAUGUACCGCGUCAGCUCCGGCCUGCCUGGUAUGAGCAUUCUCAGACUCGGCACUGUUGAUGACUUCCGUCUCGUGGAGACGAAGCUCAAGCCGCAGGUAGAGCAGUUUAUCGACACGCGCGCAUCUUGGUUGAAACCGGUUGAUGGAGUUGUGCAAUUGGACCGUAUGCUUACUGAGCAGGAUAUCAAGAGUCUUUUAUAG